UGCAGGAAUCUGCUGGGUAUUCCAGUGAACCACAUCUUCCCUGUUAAAAACUACCAUGAGGAGAUGGACACAGACGAUGACAUGGAUGCUCUGAUUCUCAAAGCACUGGAUCAGAUCCAUUGUUCAUCUGGAUUCAUUGAACUGAAUAAAAUGGGAGGGUCUGAGUCUACACCUCAACGACCUCGAACACCUCCACAACCUCGAACACCUCCACCACCUCCAUCGCCUCCAUCCUUAUGUAUGUAUAGGGCGGGAUCAACCAAGAUGAGCCUUGUGAUUUGUUUCUAAGUGUGACGUAUUGAGAACGCCGCCAUAGCGACUGUGGUCCUGCUUCUGAAUCAGGGGUUUUAGGAAGUGUUUGAGACAUCGCUGCCAUGCUAGAAAUGUCAACAUUAGGAGGCAGAGCCAAAGGAGCUAGCAGGAAUUACUUACAGGCGAGCCCGGACAUCCUCAGAUGAAACCAUGACUCUCUGAGUUCAGACGAAGAGAUCCAGAGUCACCAUCACACCAUCAGCGGCCCCUUAACUGACUACGAGAUCCCCAUUGCACAGCAAGAGGGCACAGAACAAGGCGAAGUUACCAAAUCUCUGCAAAUUACUGAUGAACCAAUGGAAACACUCCCUGAGAGACCAACCCCAGUGCCCCGCCCCCGCUCCAUGCUCACUCAAGAAGAGUGGUCACGUGUGGAUGCCACGGGAACCUUGAGGAGGCCCCGCACACCUCACGACUCGAGCAGCGAGAGGGUCCAGCUCAACGAGACCAGCACUGUGAGACGACGGCCAAAAGUAAUAGCACCCACUCAGAGGGAUGAUGCGACAGAUGCUGCUAUUCGUGUAAGACCUGUAUCAGAGGUGGAACAUGUAUAUCGGGAAAGUGAUAUGAGCGAGGAUUUCCGGCGAGCGCUGAAGCCUCCAGUUUCCCCCAAACCAUCUCUGGGCCUCAGGAAGCCUGAGCCUCCCACCCCAACCAGGAGAGUCCCACUUCCAGGACCGGAGAACCAACACAGCACAGUGGAGGGCAAAAGAGUUCCACCGCCUGUGUCUCCAAAGCCAAGCCCUCCUCCUACACUUCCUAAACCAAUCAAAAUGAAGCCCUUACCAACACACACACUUACCCCACCCAGUGACCUAAACACACACCCACACUCCUCUACCAUUCUCCCCGAGCAAGUGGAUCAUCCUAUACUCAGUCCAUCAACCCCGACCCCCAAACCAGCAGAAUCUCACACUUUGUCCCCACGACCUUUGACAUCUCCCGCUCAGAGCCCCCAAACCCCCCAAACUCCUUCUACCCCUGGGUGCGGAUCUGCCCCAGUCAAACCCCCGAGAUCUUCCAUGGCAGGGCUGUCAGUGGACAUUCCCAGCCCUUUUGAGGCAGAGCCACGAGAGGUGGAAAAACACAACGAGGAUGACGAGCUAAAGAGACAAAGGAAAGAGAUAGCAGUGAUUAAGGGGCAAGAGAUGGGAACUUCCAGCGAGGUCACAAAGCUCACAGAGGGAUCAGAGCAGGUGCUGAUGAGGCGGAGGAAAGUGGGUGUGGCCAGACAGAUGCAGAUCGAAGGAGACAUCGAAAGCACAACAGAACAUGGUGUUGUAACUGCAGAUGAAAUUCGACAGAGGGCGCCAAAUGUCAGCGGAACGGAUGAAGGCAGAAUUCAUGGAGAAGAAGAAAUAAACCAGCUAAGGCUGGACGAGAUCAGUGCCUCCUUAGCUGCAGCACUGGAGGUUGUAGAGGAAAGGAUCAUGACCGAAGACAACACAGUCAACAUUCUUGAUGAUAUUGGAAGCAUGUUCGAUGACCUCGCUGACCAGUUGGAUGCCAUGCUGGAUUAAAAAAGAAAAAGAAAAAAAAAGCACAAAAUAAAUCGUAAACAGAAAAGCACAGCAUCGUCUUCAUCUGAGCGCCUGAUCUGUUUAAAGCCACGCUUCAAUGAAUAAACGAAUAAACACUGAUUAGUUGAUCUUAUCAAGGAUUUUUUUUUUUAAAAAAGGACCUACUGGAAGGCAGAGAUCUUGGGUUUAAAUCGUUAAAUCCAUGAAACAUCGACAUCAACAUCGUUUGGUGAAGGUUUUAGAGCCAGGAUGUACGGACUGUUCUCAUGCUGCUUCCAGAGAUAAGCACAAUUAAAUGCUAACAAACUAUUUAAACAUUGUUAAGGUCAAGAAAUGCUAGCAAUGUGUCAGAGUGUGUGUGUGUGUUUCUAUGUGUGUACUAUGUUUGGGCUUUCCUUCACUGGCGAUCGACAUUUGUGUAUUCAUUUUUCAAUAAUAAUUGGAAUCACCAUUUUUGUGCUUUAAUGUUGAGUUGGAUACCCAGCUACGACGUUUUCAAAGGGGAACACAGGACAGAAUUUUGGAGGGAAAAAAAACCCUGAUUGAUAUGUUAAGGGAUACGCUAAAAGUCGAGGAACAUUGCUAGCUAGCUAUAAGAAAAACAAAAACAAAAGUAGGACAAGCUAUUUAAUGGGUUCCCCUUUGAAUCCAUAUUUAAAGCAAAAAAAAAGCUGAAAUAUUGUGACCCUUAUGUUGUCACCGUAGUUGUUCGUGCGUGUUUGUGUACUUCAUUGACGAAUCCCGAUUUUCAGCCAAUAGAGUGGUGUAAACUAUAAUUUAUCAUUUAUAAAUGCUGCGUGAUGUAGUGUAAAUGUGACAUAUAGAUUACAGCGUAGGAUUUGGAAUGCAACAAGAGCCCCUCCAGUCCCAUUUAAUGUGAACAAGAAUUACGGGCCGUAUUCAGAGUCCAGAAUUCAUGCAGGGAAAGUUACUCCUAUUCAGAGUCGAGUUAUGACUUGCUCUCUGUGUGCCAUUCAGAUUAUUCGAAUCCCCUGUGUGUCGUUAAUGCCUUUGAGGUUGCCAGGUUUUUCAUGAGCAGAGACGGGGUUUUUCAGUUGCAUCUAGACCACCACCUUUAAACCUAUAAAAUAAAAAAAACUCUGCACUCUUGUUUCAGCAGCUUAUAGAAUAGCACUUGAUCCAGUGCAUGCUAUUAUUUAGCAUUUUAUUUUUAAAUUGUGCGCCGACAGUUCAUUGUGUGCACAACUUAACGAGAUACUAAAUCGAGCUCAUGAAAUGUGUCCUCAUGCGGGAAACAAUCGCAAACCUGUGUUUUAGGCUCCUCUCCAUGUGCAUAACUCUUGUGUAACUUCCAAGUAGCCUGCGAUUCUCUCUGAACGAGCAAUUUCAACACUCUGAAUACAGCCCUCUGUGUGUUUGGGGUGUGUGUGUUUUCGGGGUUGGGUGUGUGUGUUUAAGAUGCAAAAUGAGAUGAUGUUUUUAUGAUUUUAUGUUUCGCACAUGCAUUGGCCCAUUGGAGAGAGCUUGCAGUCAAGACAAUAGUGGCCAAAAGAACAUUAUUUAGUGUAUAUGUUAUAUAAUUGCAGAGCAAUAUUUCUAUCAACUCUCCAUGUUGGUAACUUUUAGUUUAGUAACCUUAUAUCCUGUAAACAAACAAACAAACAAAAAAACUAACAAAAUUCUAUGUAAUUAUUCGAGUUAUUUUGUGUACAUGCUCAACUGGCUAAUGUGUUUGACACUGGUGAAAUGAUCCUUGGAGAUCCUCUUCCAUGUAAAGCAUAUUGAGAGUAUGUGGAAGUAUGAUAAAUAAACUUUAUGAA